GUUUGGAAGUAGUAAGUGGUGAUGAGAUUAGAUUUGGAAUCAUAACAUAGAUUAUCCAUAACUCAAACGACCAAUAUAAAGCUCGGGAAUAAAAAAAAUUAUAACCUGAUUAGAAAACGAAAAAGAAGACUACAGUAUUCAACAAUGGCGCCCGAUGACUGAAAAUUACUACCACCAUCACUAACUAUAUAACCCACAUGGUGGCGGAAUUCCAUGGACGAUAAAUCUCACAAGUUCCUCUCAAAAUUUCGCCUCCUCUCUGUGGAUUCCAGCUACCUUUACACAACAUAGCUAUGGCGAUCUUCAGCUUUGAAGCAGAGGUGACGACCUCCAUCCCUCCGGCGAAGAUGUUCAAGGCCUUCGUCGUCGACGGCGAGAAGAUCGCCGCUCAAAUCUUCCCGGAGGCCAUCAAGAGCGUCGCCUCCGAAGGCGACGGCGGCCCCGGAACCAUCAAGCAAGUCCAUUUCAACGAAGGGAGUCCAUUCAAGUUUGUGAAGGAAGUGGUGGACGAGCUGGACAAGGAGAAGCUGAUCUACGGCUACACGGUGAUCGGCGGGGAUGCUCUGAUGGCCGGAGUGGAGAAAAUCUCUUACCGUUUUAAGAUGGAGGAAUCGGCUGACGGCGGAACGAUCUGCAAGCGCAGCAGCAAGUUCUUCACCUCCGAGGAAGGAGGGAUUGGUGAGGAUGAAGUGAAGGCUGCGAAUGAAGGGAUGUGGCAGAUGUUCUGUGCUAUUUUCAAGGCUUUCGAAGGCCACCUCCUCGCCAAUCCGUCGUAUUAAAAAAAGUACAAUUUGCCCUCAAAAGCAAGAUUAGUGUCCCGAACAUACCGAGAUCUAUGAUUAGUAUUGUAUUUUGAAUCUCAAUUUCCGAUUCCAUGUCAAGAAAUAACUUCGGUUCACGAGACUCUCAUUCCGGCCUCGCCUCUGCUAUCAAAUAUGGGGGGUAAUGUAUUAAAAAAUACUCGUCACAGAACAAAAAGAGAAAAAUUAUUCGAAAAUGGCGACGGUUGACCCUGUCACAAUAUUUAUAUGGAACCAAGGCCGGCUACCUCCAAGUCAGAAAAGAAAGCAACCAGCAGCUUAACAUUUCCGCCGUUCUUUCUGCAUUCCUAGCUAAGCCUUCACACAAAACUACAGCUAUGGCGAUCUGCAGACUGCAGUUAUGAAGCAGAGCUGACCAGCUCCAUCCCUCCCGCCAAGAUCUUCAAGGCCUUUGUCGUCGACGGCGCGCGAAGAUCGCCGUCCAAGCCUUCCCGGAGAUCGUCAAGAGCGUCGCCACCGACGGCGACGGAGGCCCUGGAACCACGCAGCAGCUCAAUUUUAUCGAAGGGGGACAGUUGAAGUUCAUGAAGGAAGUAGUGGACGAGGUGAAGUUGAUCUAUGGCUACACGGUGAUCGGUGGAGACACACUUGUGGCCGGAGUGGAGAAGAUCUCUUACAGAAUGACGAUGGAGGAAUCGGCCGUCGGCGGCGGCGGAACAAGCUGCAAGCGCACCACCAAGUUCUUCACCUCCGAAGAUGGAGGGAUUGGAGAGGACGAAAUCAAGGCUGCCUAUGAAGGAAUGAGGCAACAAUUCUCAGCUGUAUUCGAAGGCUUCGAAUCCUACCUCCUGGCUCAUCCUUCAUCUUAAAAUCAAAAGUUCAAACUAAUGUUACCCUGAACUAUCGUAUUAUGCUUCAAAUACGAUAUACUCAGCCGAAUAAACUUGCCGUUUUACGUCUU